CCGCACCAUCUCUCCCUUCAUCUCAAAAACCCGAAAACAAACACUCAAAUAUCUCCAUUGGUCAGCUUCUUCUUCUUCUUCUUUGAUCAGCCCAAAAUGGCCAGAGUUCAACAGAAGAACACGAUCUGUGGGUUUGGCCUCUUGUGUCUUUUCGUGAUUGUUCAAAGGGCUUGUGCUCGGGAGUUCAUGGUCGGAGGAUCGAAGGGUUGGACCGUUCCCUCGGAUUCUCAGAUGUUCAAUCAGUGGGCCGAGCACAACCGCUUUCAGAUCGGCGACUCUCUAAUGUUUGUUUACUCACCGAACCAAGACUCAGUGCUCCAAGUAACAAAGGACGACUACAAUGCCUGCAACCCGAACUCCCCCAUCGCGAAAUUCACCGACGGGCACACAUCCUUCGCGUUCAAUAACUCGGGACCUUACUACUUCAUCAGCGGAAGCAAAGAGAAUUGCCAAAAGAACGAGAAGAUCUUAGUGAUUGUAAUGGCAGAUAGAACUAAGAGUACACCUGUUUCUCCUUCUCCGUCUCCUUCAACUCCAGGGACCGCUCCCUCGGGUGCAAUAGAGCCUUCUCCGCCCGCUCCCGGAACAGUCGAGAUCACCCCGACGCCUCCUCCGACCCCCGAGUCGCCUAAAAACGCGGCAGCAUCUUCGUUUUCGGGUCCUUACUCUCUGUUCCUCACCUCCAUUGGAUCUCUUCUUGGAGUUGCUAUGGUAAGCUCUGCUGUUGUACCUUUCUAACGCUUGUUCCUUGGUUUUUAUUUUCUUCUGCUUAUGCUUUUGUUGUGUGAAUGAUGUUUUAUUAUUAUUAUUUUUUCAUUUUGGUGGACUGUUUAUAAAUUUGGCGUGUUUUGUUGUUGUAACUAUUGUUAUUGUUCUCAUGGAAAGGAAUAAAAUGCACCCUUUAUGGGAUGUUUAUCA